UCAUUCAUAACUAACCACUUUCAUAAUGAACCCUAGCUGCUACUCCUAUUAAUGGCAAAAUUCCUUUUCUGGAAAAACAAGAAAGUAUCCACAUUUAUUUCAACAAUUCUCAUAAAGAGAAAUUGAAAUUAAUUUUGCAUUUCCCCAAUUUCAUCACCAAUUGCAGAAGCUUUUUAUUGCGCAGUAUUCGAGAGGCAAUUGACUUACAAAAUCAUGAGUUACUUCCGGGCAUUCUUGAACAGUCCUGUUGGUCCUAAAACAACUCACUUUUGGGGUCCUAUGGCCAACUGGGGAUUUGUCAUUUCUGGAGUGAUGGAUUCACAGAAGCCCCCUGAUGCAAUAUCUGGCAACAUGACUUCAGUGCUAUGUGUAUAUUCACUAUUGUGUAUGAGAUUUGCAUGGAUGGUACGUCCUCGCAAUUAUCUUCUUCUGGCUUGCCAUGCUUCAAAUGAGUCAGUGCAACUCUAUCAACUCUCACGUUGGCUAAAGCAUCAGCGGUACUUGUCUCAGAAGGAAGAGAACGUCUCUUCAUGACUUAAAGUUCCGUUCUUCUCAUCAUUUAUCAAUUCGACAAUCAAAAAGAAAAAGAACAAAAAAGAAAUUGUAUCAUACUGCAAAAGAGUUGGUUAUCUGUGUGGCAUCGAUUGUACAAGAAUGUCAAAUGGAUGGAAUGACGUAAAACGGCUGACAGACGAUAGCUCUAAUGUCUCCUAUCGAUCUGAUAAUGGAGCACCAGGAUAUCGAGAAGUGAAGGAAAAUCACAUUAUUGUUGAAAUUUAACAGUUCAACUAUGAUUAGCUUGAGUUAAACAUUUAUGUUACAAUUUGCUACUAAAUAUUAUUGUUCAAUGGCACAUGCUCGUUAU